AUGGCUGAGCAGGGCCCCCCCACCUUUAAGCUCGUCCUGGUUGGUGACGGUGGUACUGGAAAGACCACUUUCGUCAAGCGUCACUUGACUGGUGAAUUCGAGAAGAAGUACAUUGCUACCCUCGGUGUCGAGGUCCACCCGCUUGCUUUCACCACCAAUCUGGGUCCCAUCCAGUUCGAUGUCUGGGACACCGCUGGUCAGGAGAAGUUCGGUGGUCUCCGUGAUGGUUACUACAUCAACGGUCAGGCCGGUAUCAUCAUGUUCGAUGUUACCUCCCGUAUCACCUACAAGAACGUUCCCAACUGGCACCGCGACCUCGUCCGUGUUUGCGAGAACAUCCCCAUCGUUCUGUGCGGUAACAAGGUCGACGUGAAGGAGCGCAAGGUCAAGGCCAAGACCAUCACCUUCCACCGCAAGAAGAACCUUCAGUACUACGAUAUCUCUGCUAAGUCCAACUACAACUUCGAGAAGCCUUUCCUCUGGCUCGCUCGCAAGCUGGUCGGCAACCCCCAGCUGGAGUUCGUCGCUGCCCCUGCUCUCGCUCCCCCCGAGGUCCAGGUCGACCACGCCCAGCUCGAGCAGAUCCGCCAGGAGAUGGACGCUGCUGCUAACCAGCCCCUUCCCGAUGAGGAUGACAACGACCUUUAA